UCACGAAAUCCAAGCUGAAGAAGACCUUGAAAAGGCCGCGCUGUGAAAACAAAAGUUUUUACCACGCACAAUUUCGACAAGAAAAAGAAAAUAAAAGAAAAGAAGAAAAAAACCCUCCCAGACUGCCCCUCAGAACAGAGAACACCCCCUCCCGAUCAUACCCCCUCUAUCCCUCCUCCCACCCAACUGGGGCUGGCUGACUCCGCCAGCACCACCUCAUCCGCCGCCGCCACCGCCACUGCCGCUGCUGGCCCAACUCCGCCAACAAGACAAGAGACGUGGAAGAUUCCAAAGAAGAACCAGUGCCACCUUUAGAAUCGUCUUCAGUCCACUGGGUACCGAUGGUCCGUACUGGAACGUCCGACAACUCACCAGCCCAGCCACUUUCGCUUUCGUUUGCCACACACAGGCCGAUUCGAUUCUUACCGAGCGCUUCAACAGAAAUCAGACGGCCCACAUCGUCAGGAAUCAACGGCUCUUCCUAAAUCGCCAUGGCCGAUCGUAUUCCAAUCACUGCCAUCUCUCUGAUGGCUCUGCUGUUGUGUUUUUGGUCCUGUUCGGCUGCGCCAACCGACACUACUGAGAGAUUCCUUUCCGAUACUACGGAGAUGAAUGUCGAUGAAACGACGACUGAACUAGUCACCGAAACGGUUGAAGGGACAACGGAUUGGACGUCCGUCAUCUUUCCGUGUCCAGACUGCGGAGCGACGGGCGAGCUGGAUGCGGUGACCAUCCAACCUCUUGUCGAAUCGGCCACGCAAUACGAUUUGGAAUCGGUCAUCAUUGACUUAGGAGUGGACCGAUUGAAACUGAAGGAUCCAGUCGUUGGCUCGGAAAUCGCCCAGUCAGUCGUCUCCGAUGAGGAGGGCGUUUUGACAACUGAAAUCGCCCAGGUCGUUAAAUCCUCGACGGAGAUCCUUGCCGAACCCGUUGAGGAUGCCCAAAGGGAUACUACCGAUUCUCUAUCCAUCCAGGAGAAGGUAGAGACGCUCGCAGAUGCUGACGGCCAAGCCGAAAAGAUUCAAGAAGAAACUUCCACCGAGUUCGUCACCGCACAACCGGAAGCCGAUUCCGUAAUCGAUUCCGUAAUCGAUGCCGGAGCGAAGGUCGACUUGAAAAAUCAGACGAAACAAGAGGUUGCCACUACUGAUCCGGCGAUCCUGUUGGAUCCCGAAAAUGUUUCUCAGGAUACCACUCCACCUGUCCAGCAAAAGGUAGAGAUUGGCGAAGGUUCCGAAACGACGCCAAUGGCGACGACGACGUCAUCGGAAGAGGCUCAACCUACCGAAUCGGCAACCUUGCGACCGGAAACCGAUUCGGAAAUUCAUAUCCUCUUGAAGGCCGACUUCAAAACCCCAACGGAUGAGCGGAACGAGGGCACGGAGGCCAUAUCCAUCGACGAUGACGUUAUUACCAUCCAGCCGGAAUCAUUUGACGAAGUCGCAACGACCGAAUCGGUUUCGGUUGCUGUCCUUAAAAAUAAGGAGGAAGUGGCGGAAUCGACGCCAACGACGCUGGAUGACACGCCGAUCGAAUCGACAAAUGUUCCGCCUUCCGGCGAAGACGAAAAAAGCGAAGAAUUCCUGACAGUAGUCGCCGAUGUCGUCGAAGACGUGACGCAGACCACGGUGGAUUUCACCGAUUCCGGCAGCGAUGCGACGGACUCGCAGAGCGAUCCGGCUGUGGAUGAGAUUGUCUUGAUGGAGCCGCAACUGGUCAAGAUAUUCGAUCCGAGCGUCGAUGUGGAGGCCACGACUUUCCUGGCGGAAGCCAACAUGCAGACGGAGUGGGACGUCACAGCCGCGACGGAAUCGUUCUAUCAAGCGGAUGGCGUCGAGGAGAAGAUUGAGGAGGAUGAGGAGGCCUUGACAACCACCGACGAAUCGGUUACGUUAACGACGGAACCCGAGUCCAGAACGGAACCAGUCACCGAGUCCACGGAGGUAAUGGGCGAAACGAAGACGGCGGCCUUGCCGGUUGGCGUCGAAUUAUCAUCGCCUCCGUCGUUAUCAUCCGGAGCUGAUGAGGCCAAAAACACUCCGGCCACGACAAAGAAGCGCAGCUACAAGGGAUACAAAGUCUACCGGGUGAUCCUUCCGACCGAAGACUCGGUCCGCCGCAUUCUCUCCAUGGAAGAUGAGCCCGGAGUGGAAUUCUGGGCCGACCCGCGCCUGCUCCUCCGGCCCAGGGGACUGUUCGUCACAUCGGCCGCCGACGUCAUGGUGGCGCCCAAAACCGUCCCCGACAUCGAGUCCGUCUUCCGCGAAGCCCGUCUCACUUACACAGUGCUGAUCGACGAUGUCCACAAAUCGAUCGCUAAAGAGAAUCCGUCUGGGCCGUCGUUCGCCCGCAGCCAGUCUGGACCCAGCGGUCAACACCGGUUAACUUGGGACCGCUAUCACCGUCUGGCAGAUAUCAACAGCUACCUGGAUUACCUGAAAGAAGCUCAUCCUGAUUGGGUUCAAGUGGUGCCCAUCGGGAAGAGCAGUCAAGGCCGCCCCAUUCAUGUCAUCAAACUGAGCCGGAGUCGCCAACCGGAUGGAGUGGAGCCCAGCCAAAAGAAAGCCAUCCUGGUGGACGCAGGCAUGCACGCCAACGAAUGGAUCACACCUGCAGCCCUGACCUGGAUGAUCAAUGAACUGGUGGAGAACGCCGACUCCUACAACUGCAUUCUGGACCGGUUUGACUGGUACUUUGUCCCUAUGGUCAAUCCGGACGGCUACGAAUACUCUCACGCCGUCGACCGGAUGUGGCGCAAAACGCGACGCAACUACACGUCGACGCUGGUUCGCUCCAGCGCCCGCAAGCUGCGCGUCGACGCCGACGACGAAGAGCAGUGCGUCGGCGCCGACAUCAACCGCAAUUUCGAGUUCCACUGGCGCAAGGGAGGCAGUUCCAGCAACGUUUGCUCGCCGGCUUUUGCCGGAGUCAAACCCUUCAGCGAACCCGAGUCCCGCGCUUUGGCUAAUUUCAUGCUCAAACAACGUUCUAGAAUCGCCAUGUACAUCUCUCUGCAUUCGUAUUCGCAAAUGUGGCUGCUUCCUUGGGGCUUCGCCGAAGCUCGUCCACAAGAUUUCAGCGAACUGUAUUCGUUGGCUAAAAUCGGUGCUAGGGCUUUACAGCGGGUCCAUAACACAUCUUUCCUCAUCGGCAGCGUACCCGACCUUCUCGCUCUGGCCUCAGGUACGAGUCAAGAUUGGGCAAAAGGUGUGGCCGGCGUUCGCUAUUCUUACACGGUUGAGAUGAGAGACGCCGGCGAACGGGGAAUGAUCUUGCCAGCCCAGCAGAUUGUCCCAACAGCGGAGGAGACCUGGGCGGGCAUUUAUGCCGCGUCCGUCGAGUUGGCUCACCGUCUCUACGAUGAAUUACCAUCCUGUUCGCCAUUUUAAUACCUUUUCUUUAUUUUAUUGUUUUUUUAGAAUUGUUUUUGUUUGUUUUCAUUCCCUUUUUUGUAACUGAAUUUCUGUUGUUUUUUUGUUUUUUUUUUUUGUCUGCAUUCGUUGAGAAAUCCGUACUAACUUUACUAACCCAAUCUGGCUUAAUUUGUAGUCUACCUAUUUGUUUCUAAAUUUGUUUUUGUUUGUUUUUUUGUUUUUUUGGUUCGGUUAGUUCUUUGUGAAUGCUUUUUAUUUUUUAAAUUCCCCGCGAUCGUUUAAAAUAAAAAUGCUGGUUUGUUCGUAAUAUUUACACAACCGUAACUAUCACGCCCGGUUUAUACGUUCCCCUGUCUCCCCAAACGUGUGUCAAAAUAAAAUUCAAGGUAAAAAAAAAAGCAAACAGAAAACCAGA